AUGGACUGCGCAUGCGAGCGAUUCCGUAGCAAGUUCGUCACCGUACUCGACGCCCCCGACAACAAUUCCCUCAAGAUGACGAAGCGCACUCGCAAGGUCGGCGUUACCGGCAAGUACGGUACUCGUUACGGUGCCUCCCUGCGUAAGCAGGUCAAAAAGAUGGAAAUCACCCAGCACGCCCGUUACACCUGCACCUUCUGCGGCAAGGACGCCGUAAAACGCCAGGCGGUCGGUAUCUGGAAGUGCAACUCAUGCAAGAAGGUUAUCGCUGGUGGUGCGUGGACCCUUGCGACAACAGCUGCAGCGACUGUCCGCAGCACCGUCCGUCGGUUGCGCGAAAUCACGGAGGCGUAA